AUGCGCUUUUCUAACAAAGCCAUCAUCUUUGAAAGCGCAAGCAUAUUUGUCGCCACUCUAGCUGCCUCUACCACGGGCCACAUUGAAGAGAUGGAGAAAAGUUUUCAAUGCGACAACCGUUUUGUCGAGCCAAAUGAGUUCUCAAUAGAGCUUUAUGAGGCAAAACUGCUAUUAUUUAGCGGUAGAAUGCACCCGGUUGAUGCAAGAAAGGUCAAAGUUUUGGUAGAUGAUCAAGAAGAUAGGAGAACUAUACUAUAUGAUGAUCAACGCCCUACAUCUUACUACUUUUAUAAGUUGGACAGCACUGCAACGACUGAAUACAACGGUCAAGACAUACUUAAUGUUCAUCUUGCUCUUGUACUCGAUGACAUUGGUCGAUUGUCUGCGAUGGCGAUACGCAAGAUCUCUCGUCAACGUGGAAGAGAAAGUUUGGACAGGAAUUGGGCACUGCCAAGUUUUUCGCUCUGUAGCAUCAAUUUUUGA